AUGUACCGCUAUGCGCCUCAGCCACCACCAUCACCGCCAAUGGAGGAAACCAAAUGCUCGUUGCCUUCUAUUUCGAAACUCUUGGGGAUUGCUGAUGCCGGUUCCCCGACCAGUAUUGCAUCCCCAGACUCUACAUCCGAGUCACCUCUCACUGAAGAUCGAGCAGUUCCUCGACGACAAGAGACUCCAUUUUCCAACCACGAAAGCUGCAUAAACUCGAGCUACGCGCAGCAUCUUUCUCAGUCAAAGGGCUUUCCGCCCACUCCUCCUCUAGGCUCUGAUGCCUCUUUUGAUAAUCAUAGCUCCCCGAUCACCAAACCGCAAAGGCAUUUCUCCAUUGGAACCUUCUCCGGGGGUAAAUACCUGGAAGCAACGCCACCCCCGAUGGAGAGCGAUGCGCGACGAUUUUCACUACCGCAGCAAUCGGUAACUGGGACCCAAGGGCAUCCUCAGCACGCCAUUCCUCAACAGAAUCUGCCCCUGGGGGCUUUCCACAGCCUGUCAACAGUCGGGGGCUACUAUCACUCAGCACUCCCAUCUGGUGCCGCUCCGCAUCCCCAAAUUUCGAACCUCUACUACCAACAACCGCUGCCACAAACGUUCCCACCCAUGACGCUUCCCAUCGCAUAUACUCCGUCAUCUGGCAGCAACCCUUGGCAGCAUCACCACUACCUCAACCCCGUCCACGGCAUGUCCUACACGCAGAGUCAAGAUCGAUACAUCUGCCCCACGUGCAGCAAGGCAUUCAGUCGUCCUAGCAGCCUCCGUAUACACAGUCACUCCCACACAGGGGAGAAGCCGUUCAAAUGUCCCCAUGCAGGCUGUGGCAAGGCCUUCAGUGUCCGCAGCAACAUGAAACGACACGAACGUGGCUGUCACAGUUUCAAUAUCAACUCGGGUCGACAACCGUCAAGGUAG